CAAUUUGAAGAUUUCACCUAGUAUAAUUCGGAAGCAAAGACUUGUUUUUUUUCUGUAGCACAUUUAUUACGCUGGUCCCCCUACGUUUCCUAUGUGAAUUAUAUUUCAGUUCGUCGUCGCUAACUACCGACGAAACGUCUGUACAAAUUGCUGCACAAACGAGGGUCCAGACAACAUACGAAAGAGCAAUAAACCUGUGCUUGUAAUAAGCAGCUGCCCCGAGACUUCUUGCUAUUGCAGCUAGUGACAGGCAGUGAAAAGUACGAAAACUAUUGGGUUUUUGAAAACAUAAUGAAGGUUUCAAAAUCGCUGUGUCAUUCAUUCUAAAAAUCAAUGAUUGAAUUGCAGACCGUGAAAUUAAAAUUAACGACUGCAAUUUUGAUCGGCAAAUAAUUUAUUUGGAUGUCACUAGAUCUAUGUUAUCUUCCAAUUCGUGGUAUGUUUAUGACAAACAAACCGCAUUAUUUGUCUGUGGAUGUAGUCAAUCAAUCUCUGAUUCGAUUUAUUAUUAGAAGUUAUAAUUGAAUUUAAAGACAUUAAACGUCAUUGGAUCCAUCAUCAUCACUCUUGUUUUACCUAACCAGCGUCACAUAAUUAAUAAAGGCAGACUCUGUGCUUUGAUGACGGCCGACCACGAGGAGCAGCGUCGGGACUCUUGGCACUCGCCCCGCCUGCAGCAUCCGUCGAUGUCAGUGCCCUGCUGAGCGCGAGGGCUUGCGUCCUUCUGUGAAGUUCCCUGCCUCUCCCACGCAAGCAGAAUAACACCUCGAAUUAAAGUCCCAAUCUUGAAGUAAUUUUGAUCCCAAAGCAAACUUCAUUCGGGGCUUCAAGAACUACCUGAACGGACUACCAUUUCUUGUUGCUGUUACCACAUUUCAAAGACUUGACAUACGCGUUAUAUAGCAGUGGAAAUUUCGGGGUCGUUAAUGAUAUUUGCCAUUCCAAUAACCAAAUUCAACUUUUAAACCAACAAAGGAACAAGUUUACUUCGAAAUUUUUAGAAAUUGCUGUUUCCUUAACAACUUCAAGCUUUACUCUUUUCAAAGAAUCAAGUUGGCUUAGUAACUUGUAUUGCUGAGUAAACGACAUGUACGAAGUGGCCGGGAUGCAUGCACGGUCAGAUGUCACAGAAGAAUUGCCACAAGAUUCCUUGUCUUUUCUAGCAGAGGUGGCCAUUAUGGCUGCUGAGUUUCCCUCGUGUGUAAGGGAAAAGAUAGGAGACGUGAGCCCUGCUGAUUACAGGGCCGAAAAUAGUAGAUCAUCGCCCCACGCGUCAGGAUAUUUUCUAAAAUCAUGCGUUGCUACGCAGACAGAAGGAAAAUCAGGCGACUCAAGCGCCAUUUUAACUGAUGACGGAACGACCCAAAGUAUUCUUGAUUCUUGCAAGGGAAUCUCCUACAGGAACAACAAACUUUGUUGUCAUGAGGGCUCGUCUUCUUUUGAAUGUGACGCUGGCAGCUAUAUUCUUAGUAUUCGUACUGUUACGGAUAUUAGACAAGCGGAUGGAUUCGAAGCGCUUGUGGAGGCUACGCCGAUCAGAAAUCAUAACGCUUAUGAAAGUAUAACGUGGGCAGUCCCGUUGCAUAAACGUUUCCCGCUCAACGGUAAUAUCGUUCACAUAGACGUUGAGAAUCCCAAUUUAUAUCUCACUAGUGUGCCACCAGCCGAUGUACAUUCCAAUGAAGAAACAAAACCAGACGAAUGUAAAAGGAACUUAACCCAGGCAAUUCUGUUGCAAGAUUCCAAGGCAGAUUUGAACCUUGGUACUUCUCAAAAUUGCUUGUUCAAUUUAAUGGAUGUACAAAUCAAAAAUUCUCCGGAGAAGUACAACUCACCUUGUCAAUCAUCCAGUCCCACAAAUUCUGACCAGUCAUCUGAGUGCCAAACCAACGACCUCACUAAACUUUACGGCAAAUCACGUGACGGGAUUGACAAUAUUUCGAGUAUUCCGCUGCCUGGCACAGACGAUUCAAAAACUCUCGCGUCCAAGUGCAUUCAGGAGCUAUUUGACAGUAAUUCUGCAUCAUCAAGUCCAAAUAAAUUUUCAUCGCAAAUUGGCAAAGAAUCUUACUGCUGUCCUGAAUGUGGCCGAGCUUACUCAACUUCGUCAAAUCUUGCGCGACACCGACAAUGUCACCGCAGCAGCAGCGCCGGCGGCCGCAAGUGUCCGCACUGCAGCAAGACUUACCUCAGCCCAGCGGCGCUCAGCCAGCACAUCAGGACGCACACGCAGGGCUGCCGCUGCCACACCUGCGGCAAGUGUUUCAGCAGACCAUGGCUGCUGCAGGGGCACAUCCGCACUCACACGGGAGAGAAGCCUUUCAAGUGUCGAAACUGCGGCAAAGCGUUCGCGGACAAGUCCAAUCUCCGUGCGCACGUUCAAACACAUUCCACCAUCAAGCCGUUCACCUGCCUCAAGUGCGCAAAAACAUUCGCUCUUAAAAGCUACCUGUACAAGCACGAGGAAUCUUCAUCGUGUCGUAGACGUACGAGUAAAACUUCGUCUACCAGCGGCAGAGACCUUAGUCUUGUGAAGUCAAGAACUUGCAGAAGUUUUCCUGUGAAAGCUGGGCACACCGGUGCACACGUGGCGUCGUCUGCUAAGCAGUUAUCGUCAUUAGAUAACAAAAUACUUGCUUUUGAAAGAGAAAGUGUCGUUUCAUAAGAUCCUCGAAUUACGUAACGUUUCGUUUGCAUAAUAAGUCAAAUUACUGACAAAUCAUUCAUCAACUACAUGCAGAAAUUCACGAAAGACCGUCAAUGUUUUCACAGAUGACAUAGCAGCAACUGUUGAAUGAUCUUGGAACAAAAAAAAAAUAUAAUAAUAAAUAAAUAAUUAAAAAAUAACUUAUUGAAGGAGAAAAAUCAUUCCCAAAUUCUUAUUUAUUCUCAAGUUGACCAACUGUCAUCUCUCAACAGAUAUGCUUUCACGCUAAUUACGUGACAAAACUGUAUCGAAAAGCAAGCCUACUCGCUAAAAUAUACAACAAAGAAAGAAAUUGCAGUGACUAAGGAGCUUAGUCAGCUUUGUUCUUCAAUUUUCCUUGACAACUUGACACAACUUUUUAAUAACUCUUAUUUGUAGUGCCGGGCGAUUUCUUUCUCUAUCGACUGAUUUGCUGUGACUAACGUGAGUCAUGUCCAGGCACCACACCCGCUCUCUCAGGAGUCAGGAUAACAAUCCCGCGCCACCGCAAUAGAAGCCCUAACUUCGCUCACCGCUGACACCAUUGGCCGACGAAUUCAUGCAUGCUUCUAAGGUGCGUUUUGUAAAUGGAGGAUAGUGUGGAAAUUUUAGGUUAUCUUUGCGUUACGUUACCAUGUAAAGUUUUAGGUUAACAUGUAAUAAUCUGUGCGAUGAGAGGAGGAUUUAAAAAAAUGUGAACUCUGGAUACUUGAAGAAAUAAUUAUACAGAAGCUUCAGUAUUAACGAUAAGCAUACGCUGUGAAGGUCAUUGUCGUAUUUCUCGUAUAACAUAGUUAAAUCACAGCUGAAGAAGUGGACCAAUUACACUAUACUGUAUGUCGUGUAGCGAGCGUACGCUACAACUUUCACACUAUUUAUGUCAUACUUUAAUUGUAAGCGUAGUUAAAUAAAUUUAAUGCUGUUGCGAUCCUCAUUUAGCCGCAUUUCCCGAGAGUUAUUUUCAUUCGGACAGCAAUUAUCUGUCUUCUUAUACCGCCGUUCAAAGGUAAUUAUCAGAAAUAUUUCGUAAUUUCAUUACGUUCACACUCAUCUGAAAUGAGACACAAAUAAUUAUAAGCAUUAGUCAAACAUUCUGCCCAUGUUUAGCGUAGCCUACAGUCUGCUACAGACAUUCCCGGCCUGUCUUGCACUACGAAGCUUCCACCACGAGGCGCCGCUAGACCUGACCUCCUGUCUUGAUGUGGCUAAUGUAUAUUAAUAUAAGGUAACUUAAUAUAAUCGUAGAUCAAUCGUUGAUGAUACAUAAUUUAUUAAGAGUCAUUUAGGUGGGUUUACGUGAUAUCAAAUGCUUGUUUACCAGAAUCUUGCUAUUACUCGAAGCCAAAACAGAAUAUGCCUUCAGAAUUUACCUCAAUGGACUCUCUUUUUCAUCAGCCAAGUUUAGUCAUUAGCGUAAAUGGGAGGUCCGCCGUUCACGCUUCGGUAAGACGCGCUCCACAGAUAAUUCCGAUAACUUUGACUCAAAUUGUACUAUUUUUUAAAUUUGCCUUUCGGGUUGCUAUCUAUGUUUUAUGAUUGAGCAGGCGGGUUAAUUAGGACUCGCCGGGAACUAUUGGAGAGGUUCAUUUGUUUUAAACACGAGAAAUAGCUUAAAACUAAUUACUUUCGGGUAAAAGUUACGAAGGGUCUGAAUAAUCAAAUAGUGGUAAAUAAUAAGGAUUAACUAUGCAUUUAUUCUCUUAAAUGAGUUAGAAUUUUAGGUAUAUGUUAUCCUACACUAUUUAUAAUUACUUGUUCUUUUAUUUCCUAAUAGGCUCCGUAUAAAAAAUUUUCUUGUCCCGAUUUUUUAUCUUUAAAAAAAAACGAUUCGUUCGGCCGAUUGUGCAAUACUUUCUUCUAUGUAUCAUAAGAAAUUUUUGGUUAAGCGAACUCUUUUAUAAUAUAUAUGAAUUGAAAUUAUCAUAUUUUUUACUUUG